AUAAACCUCCUUGAUACAGACAGCGGGCAGCGUGUCGGCAUUGACUGUAAACGCCACACCGGUGAAUGGAGGUCGUGUAGGUCAACAGAGGAGUUGUAUUAGAAUAAGUAACAAAGUAAAGUAACCGGCCAGAGAAAGGCAAAGUGUUAGAAUUGUUUAAUUGUCAGGGUCUUGAAGGGGAAGUCGUCACUAGCUGGCUAGGGGUUAGCUAACAGACGCUAACUGAAAGUGUAUGUUACACCAUUGGCUAGAUUACCAGCUGAGGACAGUGACAGCUAGACGGAAGGGAACGGUUUUAAAGAUAACAAAAAAAAAAACAACGUUUCAUCGAAUCGUUAAGAGCUUCUUCAGUUAGCAUUUAUACUUUAGCAUUCAGGUGUCGUGCAGGAGCGGUGAUGGACUUCGUUGCGGGAUGCAUCGGAGGUGCUGCUGGAGUCUUGGUUGGACACCCUUUUGACACAGUUAAGGUGAGACUGCAGGUCCAGAGUGUUGACAGGCCUCUGUACCGUGGGACCUAUCACUGCUUCCAGUCCAUCAUAAGGCAGGAAACGGUAUUUGGUUUGUAUAAAGGCAUUGGAUCCCCCAUGAUGGGCCUUACAUUCAUCAAUGCUAUAGUGUUUGGUGUUCAGGGAAACGCCAUGCGGAAGCUGGGACACGACACCCCCACAAACCAGUUCCUUGCCGGUGCAGCAGCAGGUGCCAUCCAGUGUGUAAUCUGCUGCCCAAUGGAACUUGCUAAAACCCGCAUGCAAAUGCAGGGCACCGGAGAGAAGAAGUCCUCUAGGAAGCUGUAUAAGAACUCCCUGGACUGCUUGGCACGCAUCUACAAUCGAGAGGGUCUGCGGGGCAUAAACAGAGGCAUGGUGACCACGCUAAUCCGUGAGACACCUGGCUUCGGGGUAUAUUUCCUGACCUACGACGUGCUGACGCGCAGCCUUGGCUGUGAGCCAGACGACCGCUACAUGAUCCUCAAACUGCUGUUCGCCGGGGGCAUGGCUGGCAUCGCCUCCUGGCUUUCCACCUAUCCUGUGGACGUGAUCAAAUCGCGGCUGCAGGCGGAUGGUGUGGGUGGAGUCCACCAGUACAGCAGCAUUGCCGACUGCGUGCGACAGAGCGUCAGAAGAGAGGGCUACAUGGUGUUCACGCGAGGCCUCACCUCCACGCUGCUACGAGCCUUCCCCGUGAACGCAGCUACUUUUGCCACCGUCACCCUCAUCCUCAUGUACGCUCGGGGGGUGGAGGAAGGACCUAAAGACUGUGAGCAGGCUCAGCCAAGCCACCACACGCAGAUCCAGCCGCAGGCCCAACCGUCCAGCCUGUGACAGCACAGAGGUCUCACCCUCAACCUGGGCACUUUACAAGAGCAAGGGAAGACAAAAUAUACAAACAAACCCUUUAUUACUGUCAGACCAGUCAUUCCCUAUUUUGAGUCAGAAAAUACCUGGUUUAUAUAAACUUUCAUGUCAAAAAGUAAGCAAAGGACAAACAUAUUUAUUUUUUGCGAUAAUUUUAAGUUUCAGAUUUGCCUCUGAAGAUCCAGACUUGUAAAGAUGGUGUUACCUCUAAUAAUAUGAUGGGAAAAUUGGAGCUAUGAGAUUCAUGAAAGUUUUUAACAGCAGCUUUUAUCUGUGAGAAACCUCACUCAUUAGACUUGUUACUGAGCCACAAAACUGAGUGUGGCUAGGUAGUGUGUACACUGUAGACACUGGAAGUUGUCUCUCUCUAUUACAUAUAUCUUGAAAUGUGCAGUGAUUAACUGCACCUGUGUGUGUAUAUAUAAUUGAUUUUGAUUCAUUUCUUUUUACAUGUAUGUUUGUGUGAAACAUUUUUCGUGCCUUAUAAUAUGAAUACUUUUUAUUUUGCGUAAGGAAUUUGAAGCACCUGUUUGUACCUGAACUGUAUCCUCUGAAGAGCAAGCAAGAGGGAUGGAAUGUAGCAUUUGAUAAGUCCGCAGAAUUUAUCACCUGUGUCUGCUUUCAAACCAAAAACCCCACAUUGCAGCUAUAAUCUAAUCAUCACUAAAGCACUAUUAGUCCACACAGCACGUCAGUAUCCAUUGUCAGCAAAAAUCCACUGGUCUGAUGGGCUCUUCAGGGACCGAAUGCUAAGUGUCUGUGUGUGAGUCAGGAUUGUAGAUGGCACUGUCUUUUACGUCUUGUUUGGUGUCAUUGGCAUGUUGUGUUAUACCAAGUAAUGUGAAGUUUUAUCAUGUCAUUUUAACUUACUGUAUUGAAGGCCUGAACCAGGGGUGGAACAUUACGCUAUAUGUGGCACUGUACUUGUCCAACAAUUUUUUUUAGGGGAAUCCCUACUCAACUACAACUACAACAACUUAGGGGCCAACAAAUGUCCCAAUAUUUAGGACGGCGCUCAUCCCUUUGAUUCUGUUUAUAUUCAACUUUUUGUGAAAUGGGAACGUGAAGCCCAUAAUGUUCCCCCAGGGGGCACUGUAGGGGAUUUGUUGCAGUCUGUGAUAGUUUGAAGUGCAUUCUGGUUGGGGAAGCUCGAACAAUAUUGAACAUAUUCUACAACCUGCAGUAUGAAAAAAUGCUAACAUGGCUUCAGCAAAAAAAUAACAAUGUUCAGACCUCCAGUUUGUAAUGCAGACUUUAUUUAUUUUUUUUGAAGGUAUUAUUUUCCUUAACCUGUCAAAAAUAUGUAUUUGUGUGUACCAUAUACUGUACCUAAUCUGGAUUGGGGCUUUAAUUCGACUUAUUUAUUUUUGAAGUUACUAUAUUGGCUUAAUAAUGUACCUGUAUUGUUAAUGAGUGGGAUUUGCUUUCUGCAUGUGUGUGGUCAGUAUCCAAUGAUUUUGUCUGUAUUUUAUGCCUGAAUGUUGAAUUUCCUGCUGUGAAGCAAUCAAAGUUUCUCCCGUACAAAUGCUAAUGUUCCCAUCACAGCUGUAAAUGGUCAGUACGACUGACAGUCUGUUCCCCUGAAUGCUUUUUUGCGCUCUGUCUGAAGUUGUAGAACUAGCAACAAAUCAAACUACUGUCAUUUGUGUAGGAAUACGGAAUGAGUCUGUGAAAGGCUGUGCUGAGAACAGGAAUUCAUAGAUGCACUAAAACCCUCAGUAUGUUGAAUGUAUCACACCUGUGGUGACUCAGGUGUCUCAAAGAGUUGAAGUGAUUUCUUGGAAUCCUGUUGUUUAAAUUUAGGUGUCACUAGUUUGAAUUGUUCAAUGCUGCUGACACACUUGAAAGUGUGCAUGUUUGUAUUCUGGUUUUAAUGGUGGGUGACGAUGAGUGCAAAGGGAUAUUUGAUGUGUCAUUUAAAGCUGCUUGUGUUUAAUCAAUAAUUCCACCUCUUGAACAGUGACUCCGACUGUAAAGUAGAUUACGUCUGAAACUUGGUGAUUGCCAUUUGACAGCUGAUGUGAGAGAUGCAAUAUGUACAGGAUGUAACUGUAUUCAUGUGAGAUUGUUUUGAAGUAGUAAUGUAAAUAUAUAUAUAUAUACUGUAUAGAUACAUAACAUAUAUUUUUCAGUCUAAAGUAGUUGUGUGGUUCCCCGAAUGUCGAAGUUUGAGCAGCUUUUAAAGUCUGUAUUUGAUCAGUUUGAGUCCACUAUUACACUGAAGAGGUUUUAACUGAAAAACUGAGAUGUGAUAUUUUUGUAACAUAGUCAUACAUAACCUAUUUGUCUAGAUUUAUCACUGAUGAGCUGUACAAAUGGGUAAAUAAAAAUCAACUCAGCA